AGCCACGGGAUAAGCCGAGCGCUCCGCUGAUUGGCUAGGGGCGUUCGCCAACAAUCACGUGACACCAAGUUGCCUAUGCCGUGCGAGAGGAGAGCCGGUGCCUGAGAAGUUCCCGCCAAGUCUGAGCGCGCGGGGAGCACCGGGCGGAAGGGGAAACUCUGCCGGGAGCGGAGACCGGAGACACCAAACGGGAACACAGCCGGACGUCACAUUAUAGACAUGCCUGGCAAAGGACCAUCUGCAGUUCCUGAAAUGGGGGGUAGAGGGACGCAGAGCCCGGCAGUUGUGAAACUCCCGUCUAGAAAAGCAUCAAAGAAGAUGGUACAAGCUCGCUUACCUUUCAAACGCCUGAAUCCUGUUCCCAAGGACGAAGGAGUCCCUCAAGGGAAGAAACCAAACUUGGGCCACAUAGUCCCUCUUAAUAGUACUCCUGGUGAUUUAACUUUGGAGGAUAUGGAAAAUGGAUGUCAAAUGGAAACUGAAGAAGUGUAUACGCUUCCAAAAGCCAUUAAUGGGAGAGGCCCACUGGACCAUUACAUAAAAAAAACAUCCAAACCCUGCCAUGUGCCUCCUGAUCUCACGAUUGACUUAACUGACUCAAAUAGUGGGCUGGACCAGCCUCUGUUAAAUAGACCGGCCCAGACAUUAUCGCCAGAUGGAACUGUUCUUGAAGGCAGUGACCCACUCAGCUCUUUGACAUCAACACAAACUGAUAAAGUUCAUAAAGACCUUGACUGUUUGAAACAAGCAAAUAGUGUUAAUCGAUGUAGUGUGUCUGAAUCACAGUUCACUGAUGGUAUGAAGGAGUUGCCUCAUCCUGUAGCAAUGCUUUCAGUGACGUCUCCAGUCAAGGGUAUCGCUGAAGACACAGACUUAUCUGCGGAGGAGAGAGAUGCUUCCUCAUCCUCCACCAGCUCUCCAGUUUCAGCCAGUUCCCCUGAAGCUCUGUCUGGCACUCAGUUAAGGGACACCACUAAUUCUGUAUCUCCAACACACAUUCAUAAAGUUACUGUAAACAAGCAGCCUACCGAAAAGAAAAAGUUAAAUGAAAAAGAACAGGAAGAUAAAAGACGUAAAUUGCAGGCUGAGAAAGAAGAACGAGACAGGGUUAAAGAAGAAGUAAAGGUUGCCAGGGAACGAGCAAAAGAAGAAGCAAAGAAAAAGAAGGAUGAAGAAAAAGAACAGAGGGCAAAAGAGAAGAGGGAGAGAAAAGAGAAGGAGGAUCGGGAAAAAGCUGAAAAGUUGCGACUGAAAGAGGAAAAAAAGAAAGAGAAGCUUGAUGCCAUGGAAGCCAGACAAGAAGAGAAGCGUAAAAAAGAAGAGGAGAAGCGAAUUAAAGAAGAGGAAAAGCGCUCAAAAGCAGAGAAGGCAGAGAUUACCAGGUUUUUACAGAAACCAAAAACGUCCCGCACUCCAAAGACAUUUGCCCAAUCAUGUGGAAAAUUUGCACCUUUUGAAAUAAAGAGGAAUAUGGCGGUGGCCCCUUUGUGUCGAGUUGAGUUUGAACAGGAACUAUCUGAGCAGCUAGACAAGCUUCUGGAGGAACAGAUCUCUAAAGGGUCUUUUUUGUCAGAAAUAAAAGGCCGGAGACCACGCAGGAUGGGACGGACAGUGAUGCCUCAAGGUCCACAUUUGACAAGUGAUAGUGAUGAAGUACAGAUGUUAGAAGAAACAGAUGCAUCCCUAACUGAGAAGCCUGAUGUACCAGAACGCAGAACAUUUGGUAAAAUGAAAUUGUUGCAGUUCUGUGAGAACUAUCGACCAGCUUAUUGGGGUACUUGGAACAGAUCAAGUGUAGUCAUUUGUCCACGAAAGCCAUGGGCUCAGGACACUAAACUAUUUGACUAUGAAAUGGACAGUGAUGAGGAGUGGGUAGAGGAGGAACCUGGAGAAUCGUUGUCUCAUAGUGAGGGGGAUGAGGAUGAUGAUGAACCUAAGGAAGAUGAUGAUGAAGAUGAUGGCUUCUUUGUGCCUCAUGGUUACUUAUCAGAGGAUGAAGGGGGAGUGUCUGAUGAGGAAUGCAAAAACCCAGAAAAUCAGAAAGUACGCCAGAGGCUAAAGGCUAAGGAAUGGGAUGAGCUGCAAUCCAAGGGAAAGAAAAUCAAUGUUCUGAAACCGUUAGUGAUUGGAUGUGUAUGGCUUGGAAGCAGCACUGCAGAAACUCAAUUCCUCCAGAAAUUUGCUGUUUGUAUUUUAGAUACUGUUAUUAAUGAGGAGGAUAUGAUACAGGAAAUUAACUCUGUGAAGAGCCUAGAGGACAGAGAAAUUCUUAUGCAUCUCCUCCCGUUGCUUCAUGGAAAUGUCAAUGGAAGCAAAACAAUCAUUCAAGAGUUUCAGGAGUGCUGGCGUAGUGGCCUGUUACCAGGUUUUGAUACUGGCAACGCAACGUUAUCUGAAUCGAGUAGUCCAAAUGCCAAACACCAAACCCCCAGCCAGAUUAAUGUGCCCUCCAAAGCUCGAAUGAAACGUAUCAUUACGGAGAAUUCUGUAUACGAGAAGCGUCCAGAUCACCGUUUAUGUUGGUACGUGCACUCGGAUGUUUUGAAAAGCUUCCAACAGGAAAGUCUUCCUGUGCCAUGCCAAUGGACAUAUAUUACACAGGUGAAUUUAUCUAGCAGAGAGGAAAGCGGUGCAGCUAGUGGACAAAUGCAGUCAAUGCCCACAUCUGGCAAGAGAAAGUCUGCUGGCAGCAUGACCAUAACAAAGUUUAUGAAAAAAACCAAGGACAUUGGGACAAUGAAUGAUGCAGAAGCAACAGAGACAGACGGUUUCCAGGCUGAUACUGAAGAAGAUGCAGAUGAGGAGGAUGAAUGCGAUAUUGUGGAAGUACAGAGCAGAAAAGUCCUUAUGCAUCUACUUCCCUUGCUACAUGGAAAUGUCAAUGGAAGCAAAACAAUCAUUCAGGAGUUUCAGGAGUACUGGCGCCGUGGUUUGUUAUCAGGCGAAGAUACUGGCAACUCAACGUUAUCUGAAGUAGUUAGUCCAAAUGCCAAAAACCAAACACUCAGCCAGAUUAAUGUGCCCUCCAAAGCUCGUUUGAAACGUAUCAUUACGGAGAAUUCUGUAUAUGAGAAGCGUCCAGAUCACCGUUUAUGUUGGUACGUGCACUUGGAUGUUUUGAAAAGCUUCCAACAGGAAAGUCUUCCUGUGCCAUGCCAGUGGACAUAUAUUACACAGGUGAAUUCAUCUAUCAGAGAGGAAAGCGGGGCAGCUGGUAGAAAAAUGCAGUCAAUGCCAACAUCUGGAAAGAGAAAGUCUGCUGGCAGCAUGACCAUAACAAAGUUUAUGAUAAAAGCCAAGGAAAUGGGGACCACGAAUGAUGCAGGAGCAACAGAUGGUUUCCAGGCAGACACUGAAGAAGAGACAGACGAAGAUGAUGAGGAUUGUGUAAUAGUAGAAGUACAAAGCAAACAAGAUGAAGAUGCUCCAAGCUCAUCAUGCACAAUGGAGAUCAACUUGACUGAAGAAACUGUUGCAGCUCCUAUCCAAACUUGAAAAUGCAAUACAAAGCCUGUUUUAUACAGAGCUAUAGAUUUACAGAUCUAUAAAUAUAUAUAUAUUUUAAACCUUUUGGUAAAUUUGUACAUCACAGUGCAGGUGAUAUACAGUUGGAAAAAAUCAGCCUGGACUUUCAGGCAUUUUUUUUUACAAACUUUAUAAAGUUCAGAUGUCUCCAAUAAAGCAGAAUUCAAAUAAAAUUUGCCAUAACACUGAUUUCAUGAAUGCAAUGGUGGCUGUAUGGGAGGCAAUGCAUCCAUUCAAACUGAAAGGAUUGUGGUGAGAAACUUGAAUUCCAUACAUUAUAAUGCCAGGGUUUAUAGCCACAUACUGAAAUUGAGUGUUGCGCUUAGCUGCUUCUCCUGAGGCAUUACCAGCAUCUGAAGAGCCAGUUUACUUCCAUGUUUACAUCUUCUGUGAAGUUAUGUGUGACGAUGAAUUGAUGAUUCUAUGAAGAUGGUGACAUUCAGUACUGCAAUUUCUGUGAGCUGUGUCGGUUGAAGGUUAAAUUUACAGUGCACCAUCUAUAUGCCAACCGCUUGGAGCACUCUGCAUGCACCAUAGUUGACAUGAUAGUGAUACAAAUUUUAAUGCAUUUAAAAUAAAAUUAUUUUUAGAGGCUGAUCCUACAUAGGUGGUUUGUGUAUGUAUAUAAUACUGUAUGUGUGUGUACUUUUGUAUCCAUGUGUGUGGUAUCUACAUUCCACCCUCCCCAAUAAAAUUCUAAAUUAAAACUAA